UCACGGUGCCGGCCACUUGAGCUCGCCUCGGAGCCUCGUCAUGGGGGACGAUCCCGGGGACCUGAACGCCAACGCGCUGCCGAAGAGCAGCACCGGCGACCCGCAGCUGGAUGCCGCGGUGCUGCAGUGGCUCGCCUGGGACAAGAACGGUCGCACCCGCAGCCAGGUGGAGUCGCUGCUGGCGGCGGGUCAGGUGGAGCAGCUGCGCUCCAGACUCUGCAGCCGCUUGAGUUUUGGCACCGCCGGUCUGAGAGCACCGAUGGGAGCCGGGUUCAACCGCAUCAACGACCUCACCGUCAUCCAGUCCACCCAGGGUCUCCACAGCUACCUGCUGCGGACUCAGCCGGACCUGGCCAGCAAGGGCGUGGUGGUGGGCUUCGACAACCGCGGGCAGCAGGAGAGCGCCUGCAGCAGCCGCCGACUGGCCGCGCUGACCGCCGCCGUGCUCCUCAGCCGGGACGUGCCCGUUCACCUCUUCGGCGCCAUGGUCCCCACGCCGUUCGUGCCGUACGCCGUGAAGAAGCUGGCCGCCGCCGCCGGGGUGAUGGUCACGGCCUCGCACAACCCCCGAGAAGACAACGGCUACAAGGUCUACUGGAGCAGCGGCGCUCAGAUCUGCUGGCCUCAUGACCGAGAGAUCCUGCGGUGCGUGGAGGCCCAGCUGGAGCCCUGGUCCGCCGCCUGCUGGGACGAGAGCCUGGCGGAGAGGAGCCCGCUGAGGACCGACCCGCUGCUGCCGAUCACCGGCCGCUACAUGGAAGAGGUGGCCUUGCUCUGCUUCCACAGGUCGCUCAACAGCCGCUGUGGCCUGCGCUUCGUCCACUCCUCCUUCCACGGCGUGGGCCACGCCUUCGUCCAGCAGGCCUUCGCCGCCUUCGGCUUCCUCCCGCCGAUCCCCGUCCCCGAGCAGAGAGACCCCGACCCGGACUUCCCCACGGUGCCCUGCCCGAACCCAGAGGAGGGACUGUCGGUUCUGGAGCUGCCUCUGCGUUUGGCGGAGCGGGAAGACGCCCGGGUGGUGAUGGCGACGGACCCGGACGCCGACCGCUUGGCCGUGGCCGAGCGCUUGGCCGACGGGAGCUGGAAGGUCUUCUCUGGGAACGAGCUCGCCGCCCUGCUGGCCUGGUGGAUGUUCUUCAACUGGAAGAGGGCUCACCCGGACCCCGCCGGCGCCGCCGCCCUCUACAUGUUGGCCACCACCGUCUCCUCCAAGAUCCUGCGCACCAUGGCCCGGGCGGAAGGCUUCCAGUUUGAGGAAACUCUUCCGGGCUUCAAGUGGGUCGGGAACAGGAUCCAUGAACUGAGCCAGGAGGGAAAGACGGUCCUGUUUGCCUUCGAGGAGUCCAUCGGGUUCCUGUGCGGAAGCUUGGUCCCGGAGAAGGACGCCGUGAGUUCUGCUGCCGUCGUGGCUGAGAUGAGCUGCUACCUCCAGAACCAGGGCCUGACCCUGACCCGACAGCUGCUGCACAUCUACCAAACCUACGGCUUCCACCUGGCCUCCACCUCCUACGUGACCUGCACCGACCCGCGCACCGUCCGCUCCAUCUUCACCGGGCUCAGGAACUUCCGGGGCCCGGGUUCGUACCCGACGGUCUGCGGCGGCGUCCCGAUCGUCCAGGUCCGGGACGUCACCACCGGAUACGACAGCGGUCAGCCAGACCGCCGCUCGGUUCUACCGGUGACCCGGUCCAGUCAGAUGAUCACCUUCACGCUGCAGAACGGAGUCACCGCCACGCUGAGGGCCAGCGGCACCGAACCCAAAAUCAAGUUUUACACGGAGCUGUGCGCCGCACCAGGUCAAAGUGACUUCAGGGGUCUGGAGGAGGAGCUGCAGCGAGCGAGCGCCGCGCUGGUGGACGACUUCCUGGAGCCGGAGAGGAACCACCUGAUCCGCCGCCAGGUCCAGCAGAGGACAGCGGGGGGCGCUGUGUGUGUUCCCGCUUGUGUGGAGAUGUUUGUCGGUGUCAGUCAAUAAAGUCCCGACCCGUCC